AUGUUAUUAAAUUAUUUGAGCUGCUAAUGCUUAAAAGUUAUUAACUUGGUUAGGAGGAAUAACUCCUUAUAAUUAGUUUUGCUGAUUUUCAAUAUCUCCUCCUUAAGGGUUUUAUUAUUGCCCUACUUAGUUAGCAGGUGGAUUUAUCUAAGCGUGCAUAACGGGAUUUCCUAUAAACUCUAAACUACCUAAAAUUUCAUCAUCUCUAACUAGUCUUCCUCUAUAAAUGAAUCUAAUAGAAUAGCCUUCGGCAACUUGCUAAGGAAAAGCUCGCUAUUUGAGAGCGUUAAUAUUAAUUUAUUUAAGUUCAUCUGUAUAAGGGAUGCAAAUAGGCUCACCAUUAAGUUUUUUUAUAGUCAAAACAGGUGGCUAGUUGUUUUCUUACUACUUUUUUUCUAAAUCCUAAUCUCCCUAUUAAUUUUAUUGUCCAGCUUUAUUUUCUUAAGAAAUUUGAUUUAAUUCUAUAUUAGUUGCCUGCGAAGACCUGCUCUCUACAUCAGUUUCAAUUUCUUCAAUUAAUUUUUCGUGCUUAGGCAAGCCUUGUGUGUCCAUCUAAUUAGCAGUGACUUUUUUUAAUUCAAUGUAUAAACCAAUACAACUCUUUAAUUUUGGUCAUCUGCAUUUUAAAUAUCCUAUAUUCAUCUUUUUAGUUAAUUAAAUGUUUGA